GCAGAGCUGCUCAGGACAUGCUAAAAGGCCUGGGUGGCAUAUAUAAGGAGGUGACAGGAAGUCCACAAGCAGCACUCUGCCUCAGAUAAGAAGAGGUUCAAACAAACCCACACUUUCAUCAUGGAAGACACAACCACCAAGUCUACAGUCACGAAGGAUGAGGCCCAGCUGUGUCGUGAUGCCUUCUCGCGCCCUCCAGGCUACGGCUGGCAGCCCAGUCUGCUCUACAACCAGCACUUCGGUCUUCCUCCCUUCCUGGACUUCAGAGAUCUGAGCUGGAUGGAGAGCAUUUUUAGGAAGCUACGGACCUCCUCAUGGCCCGGAUACACCCAAGCAUCUGGGUUUGCCCCGAAGAUCCACAGAGAGGUGGGUGGAGGCGUUUCCGAGGUGUCGGCCCAGCAGAGCAGAUGGACCGUGAGUCUGGAUGUGAAUCAUUUCGCGCCGUCUGAGAUUACAGUGAGAACAAAUGGUGGCUUCCUGGAAAUUGAAGGAAAACAUGACGAGAGACAGGACGAACAUGGCUACAUCACGAGAUGUUUCCUCAGGAAAUACAAGCUUCCUGCUGGAAUUGAAGCGGAGAGUAUACGCUCCUCUGUGACUGGAGAUGGAGUUCUUACCAUUGAAGCCACGUUACCCAACAUUGCACCAUCGGCUGAUGUUACAAUCCCGGUCCAGGUGCUGCUGGAGGCACCAGGUCUGGAAGACCAAAAGCAAGAUGGCCACCAGCCUGAAGAGCCUGAGAUAGCAGACCCAGUCAUUCCUCCUCCUGUAGAAAAGCCUGAAGGUGACACUGUAGGCGCUGAUGAGAGGAUUCAUCACACGAACGGCCUACCUGAUGCUCCAGAAAGUGUGGAGGGAGGAGAGGAAGCCAUCACGAGCCAGCAAGAUGGAGAAAAGAGAGAGGAAGAGAGUGUAUAUGUAGCUGAUUCAGCUGGAGCCACAGAGGAGGUGCUGGAUUCAAAACCUGAGGCUCCUGAAGCUCCCGAAGCCCCUGAAGCUCCAGAAACAGUGACGUCUGAGAGGGAAUCAGAGAUCCAGGGAAAGGAAGAGGAUGAAGAGAUCCAAGGAGCGGAGGUGGAAGGAGAUCUGCCGAGUGCUGAGGCUGAGGGAGAACCUCCCGUCUCGGGGAUAACUCAGGAGGAGAUCCCGACUAAGCUGGACGUCAAGGACAAACAGGCUGUAGAGCAAAUGGAGCAAAUCAAGUAGAUGAAGAUGACUGCCUGGAGAGAUUGAUAAAAAUCCGCCGCUCAUCCUUAAUUCAGCUGAUUCAUCAGUUUAUUGACCAUUAAUUAGCAUUAUCUGAGAGGCAGUUUGCUGUAACCUGUAACUUUGAAGCGCUAAUAAACCAGAGCACCCGAA